UACUCGAUUCGGAUCCAUUAGUUCAGAUCAUUAACCACAACGUAGUAUCUCUACAUAUGAAUGGGAUUUUGGCAAAAUCUAAAUCGUUUUGCUCCUCGCGGCGUUGGUAAACGUUUUCGGGCUGACUAGUUUUGGAAAGAGUGUUACUUGUGGAAAUUUCGUGUAUCACUUUAUUGUUGUGCAGUAUGGUUACUAUCGUAGGUAAAUUUACUGGAUCUGGAUACAUAAGUGCCUUAGUAAUCGUGAGUGUGUUUGUAUGUUGAUUAUAUGGAGCGACAUAAUCGCUAAGCGAUAAAGCCCUUUAAUAAAGGAUUAAAAAAAAGUUACUCUAUGGUUUAGGAUGUGCACUAGUGCUGCACUCUUGCUGCAGAACAUUGCAGUAAUAUUCCCUAUUGAGAUUGUUGAGGUUGUUAUUUACAUUCUAUGGGAGGGUAAUUUUUUUUGCGAUAUCGUGGUUGGUCCCAUAGUAAAGGUUGAUCAGUAUAAUCCCAAAACCUCCCUGGCAACGGGAAUGCACUUAUUUUUUAGCCACUCUGUAUGUAUGUAGGAUAAAAAAAAAACGAAUAGGGAUGGAGGAAGUGCGCGUGAAGAAGGAGUCCCUGGACAUGGAGGCUGUGGGCCUAAAACAGGAGCCUCUGAACAAUGAGGCUGUGGGUCUUAAACUGGAGUCCCAGGGCAAUGAGGCUUUGGACUUAAAACAGGAACCCCUGGAGGAAGCAGAGGCAGUGAAUGGAGUGCUACCAAGUGAUCUGGUGUUUACAGAAUAUGUGUGCAUCAAGGUCGAGGCGGAGUUUGUUGGGGGUGAGCAGGAGGGAGAGGGAACGAGCCAGAGCGAGACGACACCAGCUUGCGGGAGCGAGACAGAACCAAAGGAACAACACCAAGAUGAAGGACUAGCGACGGCACGCGAGACAGUAGCCCCGGCCAGUGCAGAGACACAAAAAAUAGAAAACACAUACUCGUGCGAUGUCUGUAAAAAGGAAUUUCCACAAUUAGGCGCCUUAACUAAGCAUAAACGAAUUCACGCAGAAAAAACUUACCAGUGCAAAACGUGUGAUAUGCGGUUCAGACUGCUAAGUAUAUUACAAGCACAUGAACGCCGUCACAGAGGCGAGAAGCCUUACGACUGUAAAAUAUGCCAAAAGCGCUUCUCGACAACGUACGAUUUGAAGAAACACGAGCUUAUCCAUUCUGGCGAAAAACCUUACUCCUGUGACGUAUGUAAAAAGCAAUUUAGACAACUUCAUUCAUUGAAUUUACACAAACAAAACCACGCAAGCAAACCGUAUUUCUGCGAAGUAUGUUAUAAGAACUUUACAAAUUUAGAUGCCUUGAAGGAGCAUGAACGAAUACACACAAAAGAAAAGAGAUUUUCUUGCGAUGUAUGUGGAAAAGCUUUCAGGAAUUCAUCUGCAUUAAAUGAUCACAAAAGAACACACACCGGUGAGAAACCUUAUCAAUGUGGCACGUGCGAAAAAGAAUUUGCGAAAUUGCAGGAUUUAAAAACACAUGAGCGUAUCCACACCGGGGAAAGGCCUUACUCCUGCGAAACGUGUGAAAAGAGCUUUAAACAGUGGAAUCAAUUAAAAGUACACAAACGAUCACACACAGGCGAGAGGCCUUAUCCUUGUGGUACAUGUGAUAAGCGAUUUGCGCAAUUGAGCCAUUUGAAGGCUCACGAACGGCGUCACAGGGGUGAAAAACCUCACUCCUGCAAAACGUGUGAAAAGCGCUUUUCGGAAAUGUACGACUUGCAGAAACACGAGCUAAUUCAUACUGGCGAGAAACCUUUUUCAUGUGACGUAUGUGAAAAGCGAUUUAGACAAACGAGUGCGUUGAAUUUACAUAAACAAAUUCACACUAGAGAAGCGUAUCGCUGCGACAAGUGCAUUAGGGUGUUCACAGAAUUGGAUGAUUUAAAGAAUCAUGAACAAGUACAUUCGAAAGACAGAAGAUUUCCUUGCGAUGUAUGUGGAAAGGAGUUCAAGCAACCGUCUCUAUUAAACAAGCACCUAAGAACACACACCGGUGAGAAGCCUUAUCCCUGUGGCACGUGUGAAAAAAAAUAUGCGAAAUUGGCGAGUUUAAAGAGACAUGAGCUUACCCACACCGAUUAGGGUUUGCAAUUUAAAUAUAUUACGAUAACUCUUUGCUAUUUGAUACUGAAGCAAUGAAAUUUAUUCAGUAAUAAUGUAAAUAUAGAUUUAAUUUCUGUAAAUAUAGUUGUAAGGUUAUUUGAUUUUUAUGUGUGUAAUAUACUGAAAGUUGUACUAUCUAUAAAAUAAUAUCUUUUAUGUAUACCCAUUUUAUACAAAUAAAUAU